AUGGUUCAGGUCACAGAGAAAGUAUUAGAGGAUAUUUUUAGCCGUUUCGGAAGAGUUAAAGAUGUUCGCAUUGUAACCGAUCGGAUUACUGCUGAAUGCAAAGGAUACGGUUUUGUUACUUUCGAUGAAAGUGACAACAUUGAGAAUCUUUUAGCCAUGAAAAAUAUUGAAGUUAAUGGGAAAAAAAUUCGAGUGAGAAAAGCCAAUCGAAGAAGUAGCACACAAUUUGACGACGUCUCCUCUUCAACUGGAAUAAAAAAUGAAAAAGUUCUUGUAGACAAUCAAAUGCUGUGUAUUUCAACUUCAAAUGAAAAGCAACCCAUUUUAAAAGUUGUUUCAACAAUGCCUCUUACAAAUCAUUUGUUUACUAAUUCAAAUGAUCCUAGCGUUCCAGGUUUUCACGGUGGUCAAGGUCUUCCAGGAAGUAUUAUCUUCAAUAAUCUAUCUGAUUCUAAAGAGCAACCUACUCUUCAUAUAAUGCAACACUUUUCAAAUGAAACUUUGAUGCAACCUACUUAUGUUGUUACAUCACAGCAGAUGCCUUACUUUUUUCAGCAAAGACCAUCAGUAUUUUCUACUUUUGAUACACAUUUAUCCUCUGGUUAUUAUACUGCUUUAGGAAUUCCUCAAUUAUCAAUGAUUAUGCCUUCAAAAAAUUUACAUGUUUUCCCACACUACAAUAAAUAAAGCAAAUGAU